AUGACCCAAACCCCAGACGUGCCCCUCCAGUCCCGCAUCAUCGACGACAAGUCGCCGAUAUGCAUCCCCUUCAUCCUCGAGCGCCUGCACGCGCGCAAUAAGAGGCUAGAGUCCUCCGGCGCCGCGCCCUCCAAGCGGCCCUUCAUCAUCGGCCUCAACGGCGUCCAGGGCGUCGGCAAGACCACCCUCGUCCGCGCCCUCGCCGAGACCCUGCAGCGCCGCGAGCUCCUCCAGACCCUCGUCGUCAGCGUCGACGACUUCUACCUGCGCCACGCCGACCAGCUGGCCCUGGCCGCCGAGCACCCGGACAACGCCCUGGUGCAGUACCGCGGCGAGCCCG